GGAUUUUUGAUUUUUAGAAUCUACACGUGAUUUACACCACUUCUAGAAUAUGCUGAAAUUAGAAUCUCCUAUAUUGCACUGGUCUCCAUGAUUCAUAAUAAGAUAUGCCUGAUCCCGCCUACUUCGUGACGUCGAAAGCGUCAGGGCGGAACAUUAUGCGUUAGGUCUAUCUAUCGCUCUGAAUCCUUUGACGUAUGCAUGAAUUUAACACACAAAUAUUAUGAUUGCCCUAUAACCUUUUACAUCAAGCAACAAGGAAAUAUUUCAACAAAGCUAAUAAAAUGUAAGAGAACAGGGUCAAAAUUAAAAUAUAUCUAUCAGCCGAGAUGAAAGAUGGAAAGCCUUAAAGUAUUGCUUUUACUUUUGCUGACGCCAAUCAUCAGAGGAUGCGUGGACAAUUGGUCCAAGAGCUGCUGUUCUAAUUACAGACUUACUGAAGCGGGCUGUGAACCCUGUUUACCUGGUACAUAUGGUGUAAACUGUUCAGUGUCCUGUCCUGAUGGUCAGUACGGAGAUAGAUGUUUGACUGUGUGUAAUUGUACAGAAGGGGAGAUCUGUGAUAAAAAGUUGGGGUGUGUUGAAUCUGCAAAUGCAACAAAUGGUUCAACAUAUAAUACUGGUGGGAUAACAAUAUUGAACAACGAGUCUGAGGAGUCACUCCAUACAACUGAGGCAAAAUUUGAUUCAACGGAAGAUACAGAAGCACACGUUAAUCUGGAUGGUGUCCAAAGCAGUGAAGUCAUUAUCAUUGGAAGCUCUCUUGUGGCCCUUUGCAUCAUUUCUGUUAUCAGUUAUUUUUUCUUUUCUAAAAGGACUGUAAAAAGAAAACGAAGGAAGAGGGGCAGACCUCUUCCAGCGCCUGAUGUCAGAAACAACGCAGACCACCUCAAGGGAGACGACUGUGUAUAUAAUAAAAUAGAUUCUAUAUAUGUCGAAUCUCCCCUCCCUCUAACAAUCCCCGACCCACUCUAUGGUCACAAAGAUGAUUCUGUUUAUCAUACUCUUUCUCUGAGACUAGAUUUAAGGAAUGAAAAGUUUCUAGAUCCACCCUGUAUCUGUAUUGGACCAAGGAAGCCCCACUCAGUAUCCAAUAUCAAUGUUCAUACCGCGUAUGAGGAACCCUCUAUUAGCCUCAUUCCACUGAAACGUGCUCACUCGCAGGGCGAGUCAGAUUUCUCAAUGAAAACGAAGGGUGGAGGCAUUACAGGUGAGAACAUUGUAGAUAUUUCACAGAGGAAAAGAUCUCAGAGUAGUGAAAUAACGAGACAUCUAAAUCAAGAUGGUCCCUUUAUGAGUGAAUGUGUCGUUAAAGAUAGGAACAAUACUAUACCUAAAUCGAGUAGGGAAAUUGAAAUAACCCCAGCAUUCGGUGACAAUUCUUAUAUAGGCAAAAACGAUAAAAGAAUAUUGAAGAGCAACUUUGACGAGCAGCAGUCUACAUUAAAAGUAAAAGCAGGGGAUUCAGCUUUAGUUCAUCAAAUUGAUAAAGUUGACAUGGUUCCGAACAAAGCAGAUUUGGGAAAUUCCAGGGAGGAUGAGGACAAUAAAAUACAAAUUGCUGACGUCUGUGAACAAGAACAAACUAAUGGAGACCGUUGUCCCUUUAUAGAUAUAGAAAGGAACGGAAGCCAAUUGUAUGAAUAUGCAAUGAGUUCAUAUCCAAACAAUUCACAUAUCGGCACAACACCGACUGAUGGGGAUUCCAGUACUGAUAUUAUUGAAGAAUAAAGAUAGAGUUGUAUGGGAGUUUCUGAGAGUGACAAAACGUAACGUUAUUUAUAAGAAUUAAAAAAUUUAGUGAAGAGUGAAAUUGGGCAAAAUUUAGCAUUCUGUUUAAAUUGC